CUGUAUAUUAUAAUUCUGAUACAAACGAGAGUCAGUAGUUGCUACAAUAAAACACACGGGGCCAGGUACAAGUUCAUAUCGCCAAAAGCCACGAGAUUCAAGUGGAAAAUACACUCGCAAGACCCGAAAACGCUCGCAAGCUAUAGGAAGUAUAACGUUAUCAGCAGUCUGGAGGAGUGGGAGAAUGACAUGGACAGCAUGACAGGAGUGUGGUACGCAUUCUACCCACCGGCGAUGAGCAAAGCAAGGCAAUUCGUCCCAAACCAGUACAUAAGGGAGUUGCCGCUCUACCUGGGAAACACGGGAAUCGUCGCGACAGCUGACGACAUAGACAGCGCAAAGGGAGCGUACCUGCUUGACUCGAAGGACUCUCAUCACCUGGCGGACGACGACAAUGCAGUUCAUUCGAGAAGGUGCGUGAUGGUCUUGAAGAGCCCAGAGUACCACAAUAACCUCAGAGUGGUGAUGGCAGGAAGAGUUUUCUACUCGGACCAGGCCGAGCCCCUGGACUUUGAGCAAUUUGACAUCCGCCCAGCCCUUUUCAUAGGCCAGACGUUCAUAGAAUCAUUCGACAGCGAAGUUAUGAAGGAGGCAAUGAACAGACUGGUUAGAAAAAUGAGAAGGUACACAAAUGAAGGGGUCCAGUACCCAGCUAAGACGUGGAGGCUGUACUCGCUGGAAGGAAAGGGCUCGGAAUUCAGGUGGAUGCACGGCAACGAAAAGUGGAAGCUGCUAGGCCCGUUCACCUGCUACAAAAAACUAAAAGUGGAGUGCCGAGAGAACUACGAAGAAGAAAUAGGCACAGUGGACUACUUCGACGACGAGUACGAAGAGGAGUACCCAGUGGAUGAGCUGUACUACAACGUAGUGGACCCACUGACUCUGGUUCGCAAGGGCCACCUCGCAAGGAGCAAGCUGGAGGAGGAAGUGGCCAAAUUGGUGAGUGAAGUGUUCACAAAUCGCAGCGGCAUGUACGGAAUCCGCAUAGAAAACGGGGAGUAUCUAAAAGCACUGGAAAAGGAGGUAUGUUUUAUUUGUUGGACUGUUGUUUACGCACUAUUAAUUUUUCUAUAA